AUGGAGCCCGAGGACCUGCCCUGGCCCAGCGAGCUGGAGGAGGAGGUGGAGGAGGAGGCGGAGCAGGUGGAUACUUUGGACCAGGACGAAGCGGACGUAGUGGAGGAGAUGGAGGAAGAGGAGGGACGGGAGCUGGACGCGGACUUGAACUACGAGAGUCAGCCUCGGGAGAGUACUGACGACGAGGACGACGAGGAGGCCAAGGCCUGGCUGCAGGCGCGCCCCCGCAGGACUUUGCCUCCGCAAAGUCGGAAGCAGUCGCUUCCGAGGCACUGCUACCUGGAGGGAGAGCGGACCGGCUCGGAGGAGGUUGUUCCAUUGACCUCUCAUGUUUGGCAACAGCCAUUAUAUCAAGACAAUAGUAGAACACAGAUUUCUGAUACUAAUGUGGUCUCUUUGGGUUCUGAGGAUGAGAGGGGAAAUGGGUGAAGGAAAAGAACAGAAUCUUGGCAUUGUCUUCCUCAAGAAAUGGACUCUUCUCACAUCUUGGAUACAACCCAGACCAGGUUUAAUGUGAAAGAGGAAGGGACUGAAGUGACAGACUUCUCCUCUCUGGAGGAAGGUAUAUUGACCCAAUCAGAAAGUCAAGUAAAGGAACCCAACAGAGAUCUAUGUUCUCCAUUGCUAGUCAUACAAGACAGCUUUGCUUCUCCUGAUUUGCCUUUGCUGACAUGUUUGACACAAGAUCAAGAGUUUACCCCUGAUUCCUUAUUUCACCAAAGUGAACUAGAUUUUGCACCUCUGAGGGGAAUUCCUGGUAAGUCUGAAGACACUGAAUGGUUUUCUCGACCGUCGGAAGUUAGUGAAGCUUUAUUCCAGGCAGCCUCAGAAGUAGCUUCAGACUUAGUUAGCAGUUGCUUUAGUGUAUCUCAGCACCCACUUGUAGGUAGUACAGUUGAAUCUCAGCGCUCUUUUUUACCUCCUGAACAAGGGCCUGAAGAAGAGACUAUUUCAUCUGAUACAGUCGAUGAACUGAAAACCCCCAAAGACUCUGAUGGUUAUGCUGCUCUUUGUUCAAAUAUGUCAUGGAAGACACAAGAAUUUAUACAGGAGCCAGAAACCAAUUUAGCUGAUAAAGAUCAAGUUUCUUUUUCAACUUCGUCUGAUACAAGUGAUGAAUGUAUAACUCCUAAAGGAAGUGACAGUUUUGAAGCUUCUUGUUCAUAUGUGCAGUAUGGGAAACAGGAAGCUGUAUUACAGCAGUCAGAAAAAUAUUUAGCCAAGGGCCUGCAGGGGAAGGCUGAAUCUGACAUCUAUACUCUGGAUGAUGAUACUGAAUGCUGUAGCCUAGAUGAAAAUGCUCUUGUAUGCAGUAAAAGAGAUGCUGAACUACAAAGAGAGAUAUAUGACCAAGGUGACUUGACUGGUGAGUGCAUUGAGCUGGCAGGUUUAGAAAAUUUGCUUGAUGAUCUUGAGAUUUGUGACAGCUCCCUGCACUGGCAAUCUACUUUACAACUACCAUCUAAGGAAGAGAGCAAUUUUGAAGAGCCCGUAGGUCAUUCUAAUGUGGCCAUUAAUCAGUCUUUUUCAUCUGUAUUGCUGCCAUUUGUUCCUCAUGAGCCAACCAGAGAGUCGGAGUAUCGCUCUUCAGAUCUCAGAAUGUUGAGGGUAUCUCCCGACACUGUGCCAAAGACUGUCAAACAUUUAGCAGGAGAUACUUCUAAAGGAGGCAUAGCUGAAAUUACUCAAUCCAGCUUGACACCAGGCAUUGCUGCCACUCCUGGAGAUUCAGACAUUGGAUCUCAUUUAUCCUUGUCCCCUGAGGACUUUCCUCAGUUGGCUGUAAGGUCUUUUCAGGAGAAUACUGUUGGUCAACAUAUUGAUUCUCUCAACCGACAGGCAUUGGCAGAUAGUCAUCUAACUGAAGAGACUCUAAAAGUUUUAACUGUUCCUGAACUAGCUGACCAGAAGACUGAGAUAUCAACAGUACCCUCCAGUUCCUACUCAGAAAGAGGGAAGUCUAAUAGUUUCUACCCACAGGGCUUACCAAACAGUCAUCUAACUGAAGAGGCUCUGAAAGUUUCAGUUGUUGCUGGACCUGCUGACCAGAAGACUGGCAUACUGACAGUCCCUCCCAGUUCCUACUCACUGAGAGAGAAGCCCAGUAUUUUCUACCAACAGGCAUUGUCAGACAGUCAUCUAACUGAAGAGGCUCUAAAAGUUUCAGCUGUUCCUGGAUCUGCUGACCAGAAGACUAAGAAAACAACAGUAGAGAAACAUGUUAUUUUCUCCCAGCAACAGUUGCCAGACAGUUCUCUAACUGAAGAGGCUCUGAAAGUUUCAGUUGUUCCUGGACCAGUUGAUCAAAAGAGUAGGAUACUAAUAGUACCUUCAAGUUUCUACUCCCUUGGAGAGAAGCCUGGUAUUUUCUACCAGCAAGCUUUGCCAGACAGUCAUCUAGCUGAAGAAGCCCUGAAAGUUUCAGCUUCUCCUGAACCAGCUGACCAGAAGACUGGGAUACCAGCAGUAACCUCUACUUCUUACUCACAUAGAGAGAAGCCCAGUAUUUUCUAUCAACAAGAGUUGCCAGACAGUCAUCUAACUGAACAGGCUCAGAAAGUUUCAGCUGUUUCUGGAUUAGCUGAGCAGAAGAAGACUGGGGCACCAAUAGUAACCUCUACUUCUUAUUUACGUGGAGAGAAGCCCCAUAUUUUCUAUCAACAGACAUUGCCAGACAAUCAUCUAACUGAACAGGCUCAGAAAGUUUCAACUGUUCCUGGAUUUGCCGAGCAGAAGACUGGGAUACGAACAGUAACCUCUGCUUCUUAUUCACAUAGAGAGAAGCCCAGUAUAUAUCAACAGGAGUUGCCUGACAGUCAUCUAACUGAACAGGCUCAGAAAGUUUCAACUGUUCCUGAAUUUGCUGAGCAGAAGACUGGGGCACCAACAGUAACCUCUACUUCUUACUCACCUGGAGAGAAGCCCCGAAUUUUCUAUCAACAGACAUUGCCAGAUAGUCAUCUAACUGAACGGGCUCAGAAAGUUUCAGCUGUUUCUGGAUUUGCUGAGCAGAAGACUGAGGCACCAAUAGUAACCUCUACUUCUUACUCACCUGGAGAGAAGCCCCAUAUUUUUUACCAACAAGAGUUGCCAGACAGUCACCUAACUGAACAGGGUCAGAAAGUUUCAGCUGUUCCUGGGUUUGGUGAGCAGAAGACUGGGACACCAACAGUAACCUCUACUUCUUAUUCACAUAGAGAAAAGCCCAGUAUAUACCAACAGGAGUUGCCAGACAGUCAUCUAACUGAACGGGCUCAGAAUGUUCCAGCUGUUCCUGGAUCAGCUCACCAGAAGACUGGGAUACCAAUAGCACCCCCUACUUCCUACUCCUGUAGAGGGAAGACCAGUAUUUUCUAUCAGCAGGAGUUGCCAGACAGUUGUCUAACUGAGCAGGCUCAGAAAAUUUCAGCUAUUCCUGGACAAAUUGACCAGAACACUGGGAUACAAACAGUACCCUUUAGUUCCUACUCACACACAGAGAAGCCCAUUAUUUUUUACCAGCAGGAGUUACCAGAUAGUCAUCUAACUAAAGAGGCUCUAAAAGUUUCAGCUGUUCCUGGACCAGCUGAUCCCAACACUGGAUUACCAACAGGGUCCUCUAGGUCCUACUCAUUUGGAGAGAAGCCCAGUAUUUUCUCCCAGCAGGCCUUACCAGAUAGUCAUCUAAGUGAAGAGGCUCUCAAAGUUUCAUCUGCUUCUAAACCAGGUGACCAGAAGACUGGUGUAGUAACGGUACCUUCUAGUUCCUACUCACCUAGAGAGAAGCCCAGUAUUUUCUACCAACAGGCGUUGCCAGGCAGUAAUGUACCUGAAGAGGUUCUGAAAGUUUCAGUUGUUGCUCCUGGAGCAGCUGAAAAAAAGAGUGGGUCACCAUCAGAAGCCUCUAGUUUCUACUCAGAGAGAGAGAAGUCCAGUGUUUUCUACCAACAGGAAUUGCCAGACAGUCAUCUAACUGAAGAGGCUCAGAAAGUUUCAGCUGUUUCUGGACCAGCUGACCAGAAGACUAGGAUACCUACAGUAACCUCUACUUCUUACUCACAUAGAGAGAACCCCUUUAUUUUUUACCCACAGGGAUUGCCAGACAGUCAUCCACCUGAAGAGGCUCUGAAAAUUUCUGCUGUUUCUGGACCAGCUGACCAGAAGACUGGAUUGCCAUCAGAGCCUUCUAGUUCCUACUCACAUAGAGAGAAGCCCAUUAUUUUCUACCCACAGGGCUUGACAGACAGUCGUAUAGCUGAAGAGGCUCUGAAAGUUUCAGCUGUUUCUGGACCAGCUGACCAGAAGACUGGGUUGCCAUCAGAGCCUUCUAGUUCCUACUCACAUAGAGAGAAGCCCAUUAUUUUCUACCCACAGGUCUACCCACAGGGCUUGACAGACAGUUGUAUAGCUGAAGAGGCUCUGAAAGUUUCAGCUGUUCCUGGACCAGCUGACCAGAAGACUGGGUUACCAUCAGAACCUUCUAGUUCCUAUUCACAUAGGGAGAAGUCCAGUAUUUUCUACCAACAAGACUUGCCAGAUAGUCAUCUAACUGAAGAGGCUCUGAAAGUUUCAGCUGUUCCUGGACCAGGUGACCAGAAGACCAGAAAACCAGCAGUAACUUCUAUUUCUUACUCACACAGAGAGAAGCCUAGUAUUUCUUACCAACAGGAGCUGCCGGGUAGUCAUCUAACUGAAGAGGCUCUGAAAGUUUCAGGUGUUCCUGGACCAGCUGACCAGAAGACUGGGAUACCUACAGAACCAUCUAGCUCCUAUUCAUAUGGAGAGAAGCCUAUCAUUUUUUACCAGCAAAGGUUGCCAGAUCUUACUCAAGAGGCUUUAAAAGUUUUAGGGGUUCCUGGACCUGUGGAGGAGAAGACUGGGAUAUCAGCAGUUACCUCUACUUCUUCCUCACAUGGAGAGAAGCUCGUCAUUUCUUACCAGCAAGAGUUACCAGAUAUUACUGAAGAAACUUUGAAAGUUUCAGCUGUUUCUGGACCAGCUGACCAGAAGGCUGGGAUGCGAAUAAUCCCUUCUAGUUCCUACUCAUAUAGAGACAAGGCCAAUAUUUUUGACCAGCAGGAAUUGCCAGAUCUUACUGAAGAAGCUUUAAAAGUUUUUGCUCUUCCUGGCCCAGCUGCCCAGAAGACUGAGAUACCAACAGGACCUUCUAGUUCUUACUCACAUAAGGAGAAACUCACGAUUUCAUCUGUGAUUUUACCGGAUGACCAGAAGACUGAGUUACCAACAGCUUCUCCGAGUUUCUACUCACAUAUAGAGAAGCCCAAGAAUUCAACGGUGACUGGAUCAGACAACCAGAAGACUCCCUUACUGACAGUUUUUCGUAAUUUUUAUUCUCAGAGAGUAAAGCCCAGUAUUUUCUUUAAACAGAAGUUGCCAGAUAGACAUCAAAGUGGAGAUAUUCUGAAGAUUUCAACUGUCCCUGAACAAACUGAUGUGAAUUCUGGAAUACCAAUACCUCUUUCUAGUUCCUAUUCACACAGAGAGAAAACUAUUUUCUACCCACAGGAAUUGCUGGACAAGCAUCUAACUGAAGAUACACUGAAGGUUUCAACAAUUCCUGGACCAGCUGACCAGAAAACUGUGUCAUCAACAGCUCCUCCUAGUUCCUUUUCACACAGAGAAAAACCAGAUAUAUUCUCUCAUCAGGAUUUGCCAGAUACACAUCUAACUGAAGAUGCCCUAAAGUUCUCAAGUGGUCUUGGGCAAGCUGAUCUGAUUACUGAGUUAUCAACAGUUUCUCCUGGGACUUAUUCACAUAGUGAGAAGCACAAACUUGUUUCAGACCACGUUCAAAGGCUCAUAGAUAAUUUGGAUUCUUCUAACUCCAGUAUUAUCUCAAACAGUAUGCCUUUAAAUUCUCAGGCUGAUGGUAGAGUUGUAAUAAGUAAGCCAGAAUCUUCGAGUUUUGAAGAUGUUGGCUCUGAGGAAAUCCGGGACACAGACAAUGGUUCCAAAAGUCUUAAAGAGAUUCGGACACUUUUAAUGGAGGCAGAAAAUAUAGCACUGAAACGAUGCAAUUUUCCUGCUCCCCUUGUCCCUUUCAGAGAUGUUAGUGAUAUUUCCUUUAUACAAUCUAAGAAGGUGGUUUGCUUCAAAGAACCCCCCACAACUGAUGAAUCUAAUGAUGAUUUACCUCAGAGACAGCCAUUCGCAGAGGAAAGCCAAAGCAACAAGUGCAUACAGAAGGAUAUUAGCACACAGACGAAUGUGAAAUGCCAGAGAAGCAUUGAAAAUCGGGAGUUUAUUAGUUCAGCUACAGUUAGAAGUCCUCUACAGGAAGCAGAAAGCAAAGCCAAGGUGGCAUUAGACGAAACCCUUAGGCAGUAUAAAACAGCCAAAUCUGUAAUGAGAUCUGAAUCUGAAGGGUGUAGUGGGACCAUUGGAAAUCAAAUUGUUAUCCCUAUGAUGACUAUUAUUAGAAGUGAUUCAAGUAGUGAUGCCAGUUCCUGCUCAUGGGACAGUAAUUCCAUGGAGUCAGUUUCUGAUGUUCUUCUAAACUUCUUUCCAUAUGCUUCAUCCAAGACAAGUAUGACGGAUAGCAGAGAGGAAGAGGGUGUGUCAGAGAGCGAUGAUGGGGGUAGUAGCAGUGUAGAUUCACUGGCUGCACAUGUGAAAAACCUUCUGAAGUGUGAAUCCUCUUUGAAUCAUGCUAAACAGAUACUCAGAAAUGCAGAGGAAGAGGAAUGUCGGGUACGAGCACGAGCCUGGAAUCUGAAGUUUAAUUUGGCUCAUGAGUGUGGCUACUCCAUUUCAGAAUUAAAUGAAGAUGACAGGAGAAAAGUAGAAGAGAUCAAAGCAGAGUUGUUUGGUCAUGGGAGAACAGCGGACUUGUCCACGAGUUUCCAGAGUCCACGGGGAAUAGGAUGCAAGCCAGAAGCUGUAUGUAGUCACAUUAUUAUUGAGAGCCAUGAAAAAGGAUGCUUCAGGACUCUAACUGCUGAACAACCACAGCUGGACAGCCGUCCUUGUGUUUUCAGAUCUGCUGAUCCCUCAGAAAUGAUCAGAGGACAUCGGAGCCAAUCAUUGUGGAGAACCAGGCACAUCAACCUUUCCAAAUCACUAAAUCAGAACAACCCCCAUUUCGAGGUUUGGAACUCCUUGCAGUUACAAAGUCAUUCCCCAUUUCAAAACUUUACAGCUGAUGACUUCAAAAUUAGCAGGGGACUUCGAAUGCCAUUCCGUGAAAAGAUGAACCCUUGGCUGUCGGAAUUAGAACCUGCUUGUGUGCCACCUGAAGAAAUUGAUUGUAAUUCAUCACAGAUGGUGUCCCCAGAACCCAUGAAAAAGUUUACUACCUCCAUCACUUUUUCAUCUCACCAACAUUCUAAAUGCUUUUCAGAUUCCUCUGUUCUUAAGGUUGGUGUUACUGAAGGUAGCCAGUGUACUGGAGCAUCUGUGGGGGUAUUUAAUUCUCAUUUCACUGAAGAGCAAAAUCCUCCUAGAGAUCUAAAACAGAAAACCUCUUCCCCUUCAUCAUUUAAAAUCAUUAGUCAUUCACCAGAUAAAGCUGUGACUAUUUUAGCAGAAAGUAGUAGGCAAAGCCAAAAAUUAUCUGUUGAACAUUCUCACCAAGAAGAAAAACUCUUAGAAAGAUCAGAUUUUAGAGGCAGUCAUUCUGAGCCCAGUACCAGUGCAAAUCGUAGCAAUUUCAAGGAAGUUCAUUUUUCUGAUAACCAUCCCCUCAUGAGCAUGGGCAGACCAAGUUCCACACUAGGAGUAAAAGAGAAGACUGUAACUAGAACUCCAGAUCUUCCUUUGCACAUUUUUCUUGAACAACGAGAGCUCUUUGAUCAAAGCAGAGUCCCACAUGCAGAUCACCAUGUGAGAAAACACCAUUCUCCCUCUCUUCAACAUCAGGAUUAUGUAGCUCCAAACCUUCCGUGUCGUAUUUUUCUUGAAAAACAACUCUUUGAGCAAAGCAAAGCCCCACAUGUAGAUCAUCCGAUGAGAGAAAACCACUCUCCUCUUCCUCAAGGUCAGGAUUAUAUAGCUUCAGACCUUCCUUCUUCUGUUUUUCUUGAACAACGUCAGCUCUUUGAACAAAGCAAAGUCCUAAAUGUAGAUCCCAUGAGAAAACACGAUUCCCCCCUUCCUCAAGGUCAGAACUGUGUAGUAGAAAAGAAUAAUCAACAUAAGCCUAAAUCACACAUUUCUAAUAUGAAUGUUGAAGCCAAGUUCAAUAAUGUGGUUUCCCAGUCAGCCCCAAAUCAGUGUACGUUAGUAACAUCUGCAUCUACUCCACCUUCAAAUAGAAAAGCACUUUCUUGUGUUCGUAUAACUCUUGGUCCCAAGACUCCUUCCAAGUUGGAUAGUGGAACCUUAGAUAAAAGAUUUCAUUUGUUGGAUCCUGCUUCUAAAACAAGGAUGAAUAGUGAGUUUAACUCUGACCUACAAACCAUAUCUUCAAGAUCAUUGGAACCAACCUCCAAAUUAUUGACCAGUAAACCUGUAGCACAGGAUCAAGAACCUUUAGGUUUUCUAGGACCUAAAUCUUCACUGGACUUCCAAGUUGUACAGUCUCUUCUAGAUGGUAAUAUUAUUACUGAGGACUUGAAAACCAUACCUUUUCAGAAUAGCCAGAUAGUAACCUCAAGGCAAACACAAGUGAACAUUUCAGAUUUGGAAGGAUAUUCCAAUCCAGAAGGGACUCCGGUAUCUGCAGAUCGACCAUCAGAGGAGAUUAAGACCCCAUUUUCUGCCUUCUCUGGAAAAUUAUCAUCUGAUGCAGUUACUCAGAUAACAACAGAAAGUCCAGAAAAAGCUGUAUUUUCAUCUGAGAUUUUUAUUAGUGCUGAAGAUCAAGGACAUGAAAUUCCAGACCCCAGUGCCCAGAAGCUGGGCAAAGUUCCUGUCAAGUUUGCUUCAUCAUCUUCAGUCCAACAGAUUACUGUUUCUCAUGGCACAGAUGCCCAGCCGUCACUGUUGCCAUAUAAGCCUUCUGGUAGUAUGAAGAUGUACUAUGUUCCACAAUUAAGACAGAUUCCUUCAUCUCUGGAUUCCAAAUCAGACACCACCGUUGAGAGCUCACACUCAGGAUCCAAUGAUGCCGUUGCUCCAGACUUCCCUGCUCAAGUCCUAGGCACAAGGGAUGAUGACCUGACAUCUGUUAACAUUAAACAUAAAGAGGGGAUCUACAGUAAGAGGGCAGUGACUAAGGCAUCCUUGUCAGUGGGGAAGAAACCCUUUCAGAAAGAUAAUGCAGGAUCAAAUGAUGUCAUUUUUCCAGAUGCCCAAGUUCAAGUUCCCAUCACUGGGGAUGACAACCUCUCAGACAAAAAUCAGAAAAAAGAGAUCUACAGUAAAAGAGCAGUGGCUGAGGCUGCCCGACCUGAAGAGAAAGAAUCUUUGCAGAAAGACACUGCAGGUUCCAGUGAUGCUGCUGCUGCAGAACACUCAGCUCAACUACAAGACACAAAGGUUGAAAGCCUACCAGGCACUAAAGCCAUUAAACAGAAAGAGGAGAUCCCUAGUAAGAGGGAAGUUCCUAAGGAAGCCUGGUCAGAAGAUAAAGAAUCUUUGCAGAUAAACAUUGCAGAGUCCAGACGUCAUUCAGAAUUUGAAAAUACUACCCAUUCUGUCUUCAAGUCAGCCAAGUUUUACUUUCAUCAUCCAGUGCACCUACCAAGUGAUCAAGAAUUUUGCCAUGAUUCCUUAGGAAGGAGUGUUUUCAUGAAGCAUUCUUGGAAAGAUUUCUUUCAGCAUCAUGCAGACAAACAAAGAGAAUACACUUGUCUUCCUCCUCCUUAUCAAAAUGUAGAAAAGACAAAGAUGGAUUAUACCAAAAUAGAGAGCCUCAGUAUCAAUGUAAACUUGGAAAACAAAGAAGGGAUGCCUACUACUAAAAAUCAGGCCAGAGAUUAUCCAAAUUGUGACAAACAAAUUAAUGAUCCAAAAAGGGGUCAUAAGGUGACCGCAGAGCAGCUAACAACUCAGCACACUGUGAGUUUAAAUGAGCUGUGGAACAAGUAUCAGGAGCGACAGAGGCAACAGAAACCUCAUGAGUUCACUGGCAGGAAAGAACUAUCCUUGGUGGAGCGACUUGAUCGUUUGGCUAAACUUCUUCAGAGUCCCAUCACACAUUCUCUGUGGCCCUCGGAAAGUACACAGGAUGAUAGCAGAGGGGAACGAGAUGUUAAGGAAUGGAGUGGUAGACAGCAACAGCAGAAAAACAAGCUUCAGCAAAAGAAGCAGUGUAAAAGCCUAGAGAAAUGCAAUAAAAACACAGGAGAUCUUAAAAAAACCAAGGUGCUUUCUACUCAUCAAGGUAGGAGGUCCAAUCAGAUUAAAAUUGAACAGAUUAAAUUUGAUAAAUAUAUUCUGAGAAAACAGCCAAGUUUUCACUAUAUAAACAACACUUCUUCAGAUUCUAGAGUCUCAGAGGAGAGUGAGCUGCUCACAGAAUCUGCCACCAACAUCCUCUCUACCACCACUUCUCCUGCGGAAUCGGAUACAUUGACCCAAACAGAUAAAGAGGUGACUUUGCAUGAGAGGAGCAGCUCUAUUUCUACCAUUGACACUGCUCGAUUGAUCCAAGCUUUUGGCCAUGAAAGAGUUUGUUUGUCACCCAGGCGAAUUAAAUUAUACAGCAGCAUCACUGACCAUCAGAGGAGAUACCUUGAGAAACGAAGUAGGAAGAACAAGAAAGUUUUGAAUACAGGUCAUCCCCUAAUGACUUCUGAGCACACCAGAAGGAAACACCUCCAGGUGGCAAACCAUCUGAUUUCUUCUGACUCUGUUUCAUCUUCUACCAGUAGUUUCUGGAGCUCGAGCUCUACCCUUUGCAACAAGCAACAUGUGCAUAUGUUAAACAAGGGUAUACAAGCAGGUAACUUGGAGAUUGUGAAUGGUGUCAGAAAACACACUCGAGAUGUUGGGAUGACUUUUCCAACUCCAAGUUCUAGUGAGGCUAGAGAAGAGGACAGUGAUGUGACUUCCUGGUCAGAAGGAAAAGUAGAAGAGAAAAGGCUCCUUACCAAUUAUCUUGGGGACAAAAGGUUAUGGAGGAACAAGCAGAGUUGCCGUGAAGGAGUUUCGUGGUUUGUUCCUGUGGAAAAUGUGAAGUCUGCUCCUAAGAAGGAAAACCUGCCCAAGCUUCGUGGCCCUGGUGUCUCCUGGUUUGCACCAAUAACCAACACCAAACCCUGGAGGGAGCCACUACGGGAACAGAACUGGCAGAGACAACACAUGGCCAGCCACGGGUCACUAGCAGGCCCAGGCAGAGAUCCACUGAGGCCAUUUGUGAGAGCAACCCUACAGGAAUCACUUCAGCUUCAUAGACCUGACUUCAUCUCCCGCUCUAGGGAGAGGAUAAAGCGCCUAAAGUUAAUAGUCCAGGAGAGGAAGCUGCAGAACAUGUUACAGAGUGAGCGGGAGGCACUGUUCAACGCUGUGAGAGAAUGGCAGGGCUACCGGGACCCCAUGCAUCCGCUCCCUAAGAGAGGCUUCUUGGCUGCUGAGAAGAACAGGCCUAUUGGAAAGAAGGAAAUGAUUCAGAGGUCUAAACGGAUUUAUGAGCAGCUCCCAGAAGUACAGAAAAAGAGAGAAGAGGAAAAGAGGAGAUCGGAAUAUAAGUCAUACCGGCUGCGAGCCCAGCUAUAUAAAAAGAAAGUAACCAAUCAACUCCUGGGGAGAAAAGUUCCCUGGGACUGACAUAAGAUUAUUUUCCUCAGAGCCUUGGAAUUAUAUUUUAUCAACCUGGAGAAGCACAAUCCUUACUUUUAUGAGUCUGGUUUAAUAAAAUUUAAUUCGUUGUCCAUGUGUAAUUUAGAAGUGGUAGCCUUCUAAAGAGUCUGAGGCAAAGUGGUGAUUAAGAUUAUUCAUGGUUUGGGAGCAAUACUUUCACCACAGUGGCUUUGCCCUCCGGGAUGUUUGUUAUGAUGACAUUAUCUCUUAAUUCUAGCCGAGAAUAAGUCCCUUUUUAUAUGUGUUUUUAUACUUUUAGAAAUAAAUAACUUCUGAUUGACUUAUAGUAAA